AUGGCCAGCGCCCUCAACGCCAGCGCGCCGGGCUUCCUGUUGCAGGGAUUCUCGGAAUUCCCGCGCUUGCGGCCCGUGCUCUUCCUGCUGCUGCUGGCCGCGCACCUGGCCACGGUGACCGGCAACCUGCUGAUCUUGGCGUCGGUGGCCGCAGCGCCUCGCCGCCCGCCCAUGCUGCUCUUCCUGGGUCAGCUGUCCGCCAUCGAACUGGGCUACACGCUGGUGGUGGUGCCGCGCGCUCUGGUCGACCUGGCGGCUCCGAGCCCCGCGCGCGGCCGCCCCAUCUCCUGGUGGGCCUGCGCCGUGCAGAUGCAGCUCUUCGUGGGGCUGGGGGGCGCCGAGUGCUUCCUGCUUGCCGCCAUGGCCUACGACCGCUACGUGGCCAUCUGCCACCCGCUGCGCUACCCAGCCGUGGUGACGACCGCGCUGUGCGCGCGCCUGGUGCUGGCCUGCUGCCUGGGCGGCCUGGCCGUGUCGCUGGGAUUAGUGACCGCCAUCUUCCGGCUGCCCUUCUGCGGGUCGCACUUGCUGGUGCACUUCUUCUGCGACAUCACGGCGCUGCUGCAUCUGGCCUGCACGCGCAGCUACGUCGACGAACUGCCGCUGCUGGGCACCUGCCUGCUCCUGCUGCUCCUGCCCGCCUCCUUCAUCCUGGCCUCGUACGGCGCCUUGGCCACCGCCCUGCGCCGCCUGCGCGCCCCCGGGGGCCGCCACAAGGCCGCCUCCACCUGCGCCUCGCACCUGGCCGUCACCUUCCUACACUACGGCUGUGCCACCUACAUGUAUGUGCGCCCCAAGGCCGCCUACACCCCACGCCGCGACCGCACUCUAGCGCUGGUCUACACCGGCGUCACGCCGCUACUCUACCCGCUCAUCUACAGUCUGCGCAACCGCGAAGUCACCGCCGGCCUCCGCAGGGCGCUGGCGUGGCGGCCGUGGCCCAGCCAGACCCUGGGCAAGGCGCUGGUGGGGGCCUGA